AUGCGAGCCGUUAAAGAUGCAAGUUUCAUGAGAACAACCAGCUACCGCAAACUCUGUUCGCAGCAACCGUUGCCCCAGGAACCAAUAUCUUAUUCUUACAGUUCACCGUCACUCAGCCAUCGUCAUUUACUGUGA